AUGGGGUGGUAUGCACUAUUCCACAAGCCUUGUUAUGAACACAAGAUCCUCCUGAAGGACACAGUAGUUGCUUUGCAGGCCUUGGCUAAGUAUGCAGCCCUGACGCACAGCACAAAAGGGGUUGCAGAAGUGAGGGUGAGGUCCCAGAGAGGCUUUGGGAGGAAGUUCCAAGUCUCCUACCAGAACCGGCUGUUGGUGCAGGAGGCGGCACUGACAGAAGUCCCGGGAAAGUUCUUGUUGCAGGCCCAUGGCAGCUGUUGUGUAUUUACCCAGAUGGUGCUGAGGUACAACACGCCCUCCCCAGAGGUCUCCACAUCCUUUGCAGUGCAAGUGGAGACUGAGCCAGUCAAUUGCACGAAGGAUGACGUACACUCUGUUACUGUCUAUGUCAAUGUCAGGUACACUGGGAAGAGAUCCAUUUCCCACAUGGUGAUCGUGGAGGUAUCCCUACUGUCUGGAUACGUCCUGGCUCCAGGAUCCGGGAUGUCUCUGCAGCAUUGGCACCCUGUGAGAAGAACUGAGAAAACACAAGGAGGUGUUGCCCUCUACUUGGACAAGCUGAGCCAUAAGUCUGAGACCUGUGUUCUGCACCUGGAGCGGGAGGUUGGGGUGACCAACCUGAAGCCAGGCCAUGUCAAGGUCUAUGACUACUACCACCCAGAGGAGCAGGCCCUGGCUGAUUACAAUGUCUUCUGCAUCUGA